AUGGCAGGACGAGGCGUAUCAACUUUCGACCAGACAAUUAAUCUGGAUGACCAUGACAACUCCGAGUUAACUCGAGCGGUUCUCCCACGCACUGAAGGGAAGUACGAUCGGGCUCUUUGCAGAUUUGACAAAUUCCUUGCUCUGCAUCCAACAGCCGUGUCUCCGCCUGAUAUUAGAUCCUACAAAGGGUUUCUGGAAUUCGUGGCUAAAAAUAUGAAGGGGCGACUUGGAAGCAAGGGACCGCCGACAGUGGAAACCGUUGAUGGGUUUCGUAGAGAUUUUGAGGCUGGGCUACUUCUACGACGAGGCUACAAUAUGCCGGAAACCAUCUCUACGACCGUCCGAGAGUGGAUAAAGCAAGGUCUGAAAGAAAAAGUAGGCCUUUGUGAGGAGGAGAUGGACAAAGAUGGCCUCUCACCAAAUGAUCUCACCAUUCUCAUGACUCAACUGUGGUGUCGAGAUUUUAAAGAGUACAGGGGAACAUGUCCCGAUCGAACAAGAGUGCAGCUGAGUGCAGCGAUUCUCAUCUACUGUUUCACAUCAGCGCGGUCCGGAGAAGUGCAUGAGUCGACCGCUCGGCGGGACUUAUCCAGGAAAGAGAAACACGAAGGGGAGGAUGAGGAUAUCGGAGCGCACGCGAUAGCAGCAUGCUACAAGCACUUUAUCCUCACAAUUGAAUUGGUGGACGGUGUAAGAAUGCUCGUUCUGACAUACUCUCGAGUCUACGUGAAGGGAUACUGGAAGAAGAAAAGGUGGGAGCUUCCGAUCCAUGCAUUCUAUGAGAUCUAUCGAGAGGAGCUCCCGCUUUUUUUCAACUUCCUCAUGUUUUUUAUUCCUAUGGCUUCCGCUGACAGGGCCUUUCGUGACUAUGAGUCAGCCCAGGAGAUCCUCGACACGGUAGAAUCUAUAGCGUGCGGGCCUGAAGAAAAGGUUAUCACAACUAUCGAAUUCAAGCCGGAGGUCUUGGAUGUUCCAGUCUUUCGCCCUUACGACGAACAGGAUAUUAAACUCUCCACAGGGAGGUCUCGGGGAGCAGAUGCUUUUGGGAAGGAGUUUGCGGAGCUAGGCCACAGGAGUGGAUAUACUCGUAAUGUUACCGGUCGUGCUUGUCGGCGCUGGGCCUUGAUGGAAGCAGAUAAGAAUCAUUCCGUGACUGCAAGAAUGAAAUAUGCUGGCCACAUCCGUCAAGAUACAUUUGGCAGAUCGUAUGCACACCCGCUAAGCGAAGUUGAUGGACCAGCAACAUAUCUUGGAGUUUCAACACGACAUGAGCAUAUUCAAAAUAGACGAAGCAUGGGAAUGUACCGCCAUCCACAGCUGUGGCAAUCCUUGCCAGCCAAAGCCGAAUUCGAGUUCCAAGAGCGGAGCGACAUAAUUUCUCUCGACAACUCCAUGCAACAACUCAGCAAACAACUAUUAGGCUUGCAGAGCCCUGAGGAGAAGCGGCAGAUUCAGCUACAACAACACCGCAUCUAUAAUCAAAAGCAAAGUCUAUAUUCGGAAGAGCUUCGUCGGAUACAAAAAGCUCAACCGAGACGGUCCACAACCCAAGUGGGUACCAUCCACGAGCAGACGUUUUUUCAUUAUGUCAGAAGAGUAAUGCCGGAGCGGGACAGGCUUGCUCAAAUUCUACCCCUAAGUGGGACGCUGCGGAGCGAUACUGGCCGUGAGGCCCUUAAGGCUCUAGAAGUCCUUUGCACGCGCGAAAGCUCUGUUGCGUACAGGUCUGGGAUGAGACCCGUCAAUGGAAAAUGCGUCUGUGGAAUGCCGAUGCAAAGCAUCGGGUAUCCCAAAUGGGAGAAAACUGUCAUGCAGAAUAUUGCUUCGAGUGCGACCUAUGGAUUCAAGGCGUCCAGGAAUGGUCUUAUCACUGUCAGCGUCAUCUGGAUAGGUCAGAGGACCUGCUUCGGUGCGAUCUGA